AUGUUAUUACUUCAAAAUUUUAACCAACAACAAAACUCAAAUUUGAUAAUACAAUUAAUUGUUGCAGGUGUUAUUAUUAUUUUAAUUUCUAAAUUUUUCAUUCUUCCAUUUCUUUCUAAUAAAUCAUCCUCAAAAAUGACAAAAUUAAAAGUUGGUGACCAAGCCCCUGAUUUUACAGCUUCUGAUAAAGAUGGUAAAUCAUAUUCAUUAAAAGAUUUUGCAGAUAAAGUUUUAGUUCUUUAUUUUUAUCCAAAAGAUUCAACACCUGGAUGUACCAAAGAAGCUUGUUCAUUUAGAGAUAAUUAUGAACAAUUCACUGAAGCAGGAGCAGUUGUAGUAGGUGUUUCAUCAGAUGAUGCAGAAAGUCAUUCAAAAUUCUCUGCAAAAUAUAGAUUACCAUUCACAUUACUUACCGAUAAUAAAGGUGAAAUGGCUAAAAAAUAUGGAGUAAAGAAAGAGUUAUUAUUAAUUCCAGGUAGAUCAACCUUUAUCAUUGACAAGAAUCAAAAGAUUGCUUUAAUUCAUAGUUCACUUUUAAAUGCUGAAUCUCAUAUCACUGAAUCUUUAAAAGUUAUUGAACAAUUAAAAUCACAAUAA